AUUUCUUUUUUAUACGUGGUUUGAUAGCCGGGAGAGAAGCGUAUCUUUGAUUACGAGAGCACAACACAACUCUGGGGACCCCUUAAAGAAAAUUUCUUAGUCAGAGCCGAUGUUAUUGUCCAUUGUUUGGGAAGCGAUGAAAAUGGCAAAUAUGGGACAAAUGGGUUGAAAUAUAUGGUCCAAAUUGAAAAGCUUAAGCCAUCAGUGGUUAAAGAGAAACAGAAUGAGAUCACUAAACGGAGCCGAAGUAAGAGAGGGGUCAGCAGUUGGUUCAAACAGGCGUGGGUUGACGUCAAAGACUUCUUCGUUAAUCUAUUCUCGAAGCGAAACAAAAAGACUGACAAAGACUUCGACUUUGAGUUCGAGAAAGAGCCGUCAAAUUUGCAAUACCAGUGCAAAGGCGCCAAAGAUGCGAAUCGGCUCAAGAGAUCGACACCUAAUUAUGACAAUAUUGUUUACGACAAAAUGUUUUCCACGCCUUUUGUAUUUAUACAGCUAUCGAACGGUUCGAUACCAGAGAUCAGAUUCAGCGAUAAAGACACGGAUCUGUCGGUUAAGAAUUUUAAGCGACACAUCGCCGACACAUUUGCCACACAAUUGGAUUCAUCCAAACAGCGAGUCUUAGAGCAGAGCCCUAUUGGCGAACAUUUUACCAGUUAUUCAUACGAUGACAGCGGAAAAGUGGAGGAAUCUCUUCAGCCGACAGCCGACGGGAUGAGUCUUAAGCUGAGCUCAAGUUUCCUAUCGCUGUCUCAGAUUAAAGACAUAAAACAAUUGGCGGUAAUGAGAGACGUAGAGCCCGAAGAUGUGAUGGCUAUCGGCGAUGGACUGGCAAUGGAUUACGACUCCUCUCAGAUCGGAGUCAAUGCAAAACAGAUACAGAAAAUAUCUGAAGGACGUCUCACAACCACCGCCGGACAUUUGUCGCUAUCAUUAGUGAAUCCAUCGAAGAAUACAAGAACUAAACGAGAUAUGACCAAAAGAAUAACAAAGAGAUCGACGGAUGAAAAGGAAAAGUUGGAAACUUUGAUGGAAAUGGAGUCUAAACUAAAUUUAAAAGGAGAGACAAUUGUUUCAGAAUCGACAGCAGUGUAUGUUUUGCUAAUGAAAGCCCUGAAUCUGGAAGUGAUGCUCAACGAAGACAAAUCCAGUUCUUCAACUAAAUAUCUCAUCAAU